GUACGGGUAUUUUAAAUGAUAGAAGGGUCGUAAAUAUUGGCGCUUCUAAUAAAUGUUUUGAAGUUAUCAACAAUAAGAAAUUUCCUUUUGGAGCUGGAGAAACUGGUAAUCCACUUGAGCCAUUUAUAACACUUGCUGCUAAUGAUUUAAAAACUGGUACUAAGAUAUAUCUUAAAGAAUUUGAUGGCUUACGCUUACCAAUCAACAAUAAAAUUCAUAACGGAUGUUUUAAAAUCGGAGAUACUGGUUUUAGUCUUGGUAAAAAUCAUAUAGACGUUUUUGUUCUCAAAGAAAAAUUUUACGAAAAAAUUGAUGCAAAAAUUAAUCGAGAAAGGAUUAACGUAGUUACUAAAGAUU